GAGAGCACCGAAAAUCGCGCUCCGUCUCCCGGCAGUGGCGCAAGGGGCGGCAGUGGCCCCCCCGGCUUUGCUUCGGGACGCGCGGCCGGUCAUCUGUGCGGCACCGCCACAACCUUUCAGCUGGUUUAAUUAGUAAAUAUUUUUCUUUGUUUAAAAAACAAAUUAAGGAGCGUUUUAUCGUCCUUGCAACCUUGUCACCUAACCCACCGCCCCCCCCCCCAGCAAUGGAUGAAGAGGCAGCGAAGCCAGUAGUCCCGGCGACACCGCCGCCACCGCCGCCACCGCCGCCAGCCAAGGUGCCCGGCGUUUCUCCGUCUCCGCCGCCGGCCAAGACUCGCCUCGCGGUCUCGGCAGAACCGCCGCCCUCCUCCUCGGCCAGGCCCUGCAGCGGCGCCGCUCCCGUCGCGCCCGGCGCCACCGGAGACACGGCGGGGCCCGUGCCCCUCGCGAACCCCGGCAUCUCCGGGGGGAGCGGCGGCGGAGGUGGCGGAGGAGGAGGUGGCGGAGGAGGAGGAGGAGGCCUGCUGUGUGGACCCUGCGGACCGUGCGGACCGGGAAUCAUGCUGGACCGCGAGCUGGGCUACGAGCGCACGCGGCACACCCCGUACGUGACACAGCCCGACUACCGCAUCUACGAGCUGAACAAGCGCUUGCAGGCGCGCACAGAGGAGAGCGACAAUCUUUGGUGGGAUGCCUUUGCCACAGAAUUUUUUGAAGACGACGCCACGAUGACCCUCUGCUUUUGUUUAGAAGACGGACCAAAGAGAUACACGAUCGGCAGGACACUCAUCCCACGCUACUUCCGGAGCAUCUUCGAGGGCGGCGUGAGCGACAUGUACUUCAUGCUGCGCCACUCCAAGGAGUCGUUCCACAACAACGCGAUUACCCUCGACUGCGAGCAGUGCACCAUGGUGACGCAGCACGGCAAGCCCAUGUUCACCAAGGUGUGCACGGAGGGGCGUCUCAUCCUGGAGUUCGCGUUCGACGACAUGAUGAGGAUCCGAUCAUGGCACUUCACCAUACGCCAGCACCGGGAGCUCAUCCCGCGCAGCCUCCUUGCCGUGCACGCGCAAGACCCGAGCAUGCUGGAGCAGCUGUCUAAGAACAUCACUCGCAACGGCUUGACCAACAUCACCCUCAACUACCUCAGACUUUGUGUCAUCCUGGAGCCCAUGCAAGAGCUCAUGUCCCGGCACAAGACCUACAACAUCAGCCCACGCGACUGCCUCAAAACCUGUCUCUUUCAGAAGUGGCAACGCAUGGUCGCCCCUCCAGGCCUCGCGGUCCUGGGCCGUGACGCGCUGUUCGCCCAGGCUGAUGCCUCAAGCUUCCCGGUCCCUUUCCACAAGCUCUGUCCAUCGGCACCUCGGCCUCCCUCUGGGCCCACAGCCCUCGGGGCUGAUUCUCAAAAAUCCAAUGGUGGCCGAUCUUCGCGGGAUCCAUUCGCAGAGCCAACUCGCCCGCAGACGAAGAAGCGGCGCAAGCGAAAUAAUUCGGCCAGCAGCACCUCCAACUCGAGCGUGGGGCCCAACAACGGCACCAACAAGAAGAAGAGCCCGGCAGGGAGCAACUUCAGUUUGGCCAGUCAGGUACCUGUGGCGCGGGCCCGGCGCGGCGUGGAGAAGGAUGUGAUGGUCGUAGGGGAGCCCACCCUGAUGGGCGGCGAGUUCGGGGACGAGGACGAGAGGCUGAUCACGCGGCUCGAGAACACGCAGUACGACGCGGCCAACGGCUUGGACGACGACGACGACUUUGGCCACUCGCCGGCGCUCGGCAAUAACAGCCCCUGGAACAGCAAGCCGCCCGCCGUGCCCGAGAUCAAGAGCGAGAACCCCACGUCUCAGUCGUCGCAGUGAGGACUCGUUUUUAGUUUUUACCCGCGCGCCGCCCGACGCCACACCCGCACCUCACCGACCUCGAUCGGCAGGCGACCGCCUGUCCGCGCACGUCAGCCGGCCGCUCCGCUCCGUUCCGCCCGUCCCACCAUCGCCGCCGCCGCCAUCGCCGCCGCCGUGGAGAGAGACGUUCACGGGCGGCGGACGAGCCGUGCCGACGCCGCCGACCGCCGACGCGACAGGCCGAAGCGGCCGGUGGUCCUGGCCUGCGCGAGCGCGAGGGGUCGCGCGCUCGCCCGUGGGAUAAAAAAAAAACCCGACGCCGGCUCGCACUCGCAGACACGUCACGCGCCGUUGUUUUUGUUUUUGAAGUUGUGAGCGCGCGCGCGCGUGCGCACUCAAUGCGCGCGUUGGCAAGGGCGUGUGCCUCCGGCAGCAGAUGCGCGCGCGCGCUUGCGGACUUACCACUGUUUAUCCUCGCGACGCAAAAUCCCGUAAUUGGAUUUGUAACAGGAUGCACAAAAAGGCAGAACUAUGCUGGUGUGAGAAGGCUUUGUGCCCUUCAAGCACGUACACAAUAACACUCAAGAUCCAAACACAGUCAUUGCUAUAAAUAUGUAAAUACGUGCACACUGACAGCAACAAUCUGUUGGUAAAUCUGCGUGUAUUACACACGAAGUAAUUUUUUUCCUCACAAAUAGCUAAAUUGUAAUAUUUAAAGAAGUGUAAUUGGUCCCUGAUGUGUCGCAGAAUGCUAGAGGAUGAUGAAAUCAAUCGUACUAACAAUAAUUAUUACCUUGUUAUCUUUCUGUCAUCGGUAAAUCGUGCAUUGGGCAUUCACACGCAGUCCCCGAGAGGAGAAGGGAAAUACGACAGUAAAUAUAGCCGACACCUGCAGGACAUCACUGUGCAGUAAUUGAGAUCUUCACGGAUGUGAGAAAAUAAAUCGGAGCACAUCCGUUUUAUUUUUUUGCCCGGAAGAGAACAGUGUAUAAUAAAACAUCUGCCUCACCCCCCCGCCGCCCCACAAAAUAAACGAUGUCACUGCGUAAUCCCGGCUGUGCAACGACGACACGCAAACACUUCGCACUCGCAACGCAACGUGUCUCGUGGUGCGAUGGCUCGAUCACAGCCGUGCUGCGCCCCCGUGCGUGUGCGGCGCCAAUUCGGCCGCACCUCCGCAAUGAUCGGUGCCCACGAAUCUGGGGGCGGCGAGGGAUGGAGCGACGGAUGGAUGCCGCUUUCCCUGCCGUCAGGUGCUGAUCAGACAGAGCGCGUGCGUCCUCGGGAGGGGGGGGGGGGCGCAGUGCACGCGCCGCGUCGUCCGCGUGUUUUGUGCCCCAGACGUGUUCCCGUGCUGGACGUACUACAAAAAAAGAAACGAAACUAAAACGAGAUGACAUGCAAAAUUGAAGGAGUUGAAAACAAAUGUGAAAAGUGCCAGUGGCUCCGCAAGCCUUCGCCGAGUUCAAGCAGCAGCAAGAAGCCGGGCCCCUCUUCUUCUGCGGCGGCACGUCCGCAAGAGUGAGAAAUGAGACGAGAGAAGCUCGUUACGAUUUUGUCCCCGGCGCGCGGGAAAACUUUGCUUGCACGACGAUGCCCUCCCUGCGAGAGCGGCAGCCAGAGCUGGCCCGUGGCCAGCCUCGGUUAAAAUGCCCUCUGGAGGCGCCGUGGUGUUGAGCCUGCUUGUCGUGGCGAGGUUAUCUCUGGGUUAUGGAGCCAGCCAAGGCCUGGAUCGCAAAGACUGUGACCUCAAUUGUGUCGUCUCUCACCAACGCCGCAUACGAACGGGAGGAAAAAAAAAUAGGAAAUAAAAAGUAUAACGAAAAUAUUGCUCAUUUGACUUCCAGCACAGUCCGGAGGUCCACUGUAGGCACAAGCCAAUUAUCUUUGUAUUAAUGUUAGUCAGUAAAAAAAAAGUGUAUGGAUAACAAGUUUUGUUAUUUUAUUUUUAUUUUCCAUUUUUUAUUUUAUUUUGGAUUUUUAAAAUUUAGUCGUGGCGGUUGGGUAUUUUGCAGUAGUCUGUGCGCUUGUUUUUUUGAUAGAUGUUAAAUGUCCGUAUUCAUAAGCUUUAAGAACAAAACAAUGUAAACUGUUUUUUGAUAAAAUCUGACAUGUAAAUGUUAAUGUCAAAAAAAAUUACAGUAAGUUACGCGGCUGAAUGUUCCUGUGAUAUUAACUCUUUCCUUGAUCGGAGUAUUCCAUUGAUUAAUGCCUGUAGCUUUAACUUCAUCACUGCUUAGUUGAACUGACGAAAGUUUCCAUGUUGUCCAAAAAUAAAGAAAAAAAACUAAACAACCAGAUCCCUUGUGCAUACUGUACCAUACGUCACGGUAAGGAUAUGCCAAUAUUAAUCUACCUAUCUCGCUCCACAUAAUACCUCUUUCAAGGCCUCAUGAACUGUUGAGCGAAAUGUAAGCCUGGGUUACGUUUCUAUACAAACUUUAGGUCUGCUCAGUGGGAGUUUUAUGGAGUUGUUUCUGUUAGGGUUAACUCACAGUUUAUUCAUUAAGUUUGCAUCUUUGACUAAUUGUAAAAAAAACAACUGCGUUUUAAUGUUUUAAUAUAACCCUCUUACAUUGCCUGGAGGACUGUCAUGGAUCUUAAGUUUAUACUUUUUUUUUACUGAAAAGUUUUACAUAAAACUUUACUGUGUCAUGCAAAGGAGUACUGUUGUACCAUUUAUUACGUGUUAACAUUUUUAGGCGUAUAAUCUAUGACGUGUUCUUUUGUUCGUGGGGGAAAUACAGGAUUGACCAAAUGCUUGUCUGAAGCCAACAGCUGGCCGCAACAUCUCACAUCUUCACUGAUGACGGCCGGUUACUCGACACUAAAACUCGUCAACGUGUGCCCUGUACAUGCAGAGGUGGUGGUGGGGGGGGGCCUUCUGCGAUUGGUCGAAUUUUCUUUUUAGUGUCGUAUUAAUUGGUAGCCCUCGCAGCGCACACAGUGACACUGCGGCUGCAAUUUAUAUCGGGGGAAAACAAAAGCCUGCUGAAUUUUACAACUUUGGUAAAGACUACUGUAGUAAUUUGUCACAUGAAGGUUAGUGUGUGGGUAAAAAAAAAAACCAUUCUGUCAUUGUUCAUUCCAAUAAAGAUGUUUUAUUGAU